AUGCGCCUGUCACUGCUGAGGUCCAUCAAGAGACCAUGCUUAACAGCUAGCACCAUCAGCAAGGCCUGCUUUCUCCCAGCAGCUUCACCCAGAUUCUACGCCGUCCAAGCUCCCGGCGCACCCACCGUCGAAGUCUUCGAUGCCAGGACCAAAUGGCUACACAAAGAACGAGCAGCCAGGAAUGUCGCGCAGUCUCGACAGGUAGACUACCUCCGCGAUGAGGUUGCCGCCCGACUCUGCGAUCGUAUCCUCGAUAUCAACCGACCUUUCCCACGAGUCCUAGACUUUGGCGCAAACUCCUGCAAUAUUGCGCGCAUCCUGACGCGACCUGACCCGGACCCAGAUUCGGCAAAGCCUUCGAUCGAGCCGAUCGCGAAGAAGAUUGGGAGCAUUACUUGCACAGACACGAGUCCGAGUCUGCUGUACAGGGAUCAAGAUGAGCCGUUCAACAACGAUAUUGAGGUUCAGCGGGAAGUGCUCAAGAACUCCGAAUACCUUCCAUACGAUGCGGAGACUUUUGACCUCGUGCUGAGCUCAAUGUCGUUGCAUUGGACCAAUGACUUGCCCAGCGUCUUGAUGCAGAUCAACAACUGCCUAAAGCCAGAUGCGCCAUUCGUGGCCGCCAUGAGUGGAGGAGACAGCCUGUUCGAGCUUCGAGGGUCAUUGCAGUUGGCGGAGCAGGAGCGACUAGGUGGCAUUGGCACACACAUAUCUCCUCUGGCGGAUGUGAGGGAUGUUGGCAAUCUGCUCUCAAGGGCUGGCUUCAAAUUGCUCACAGUGGACGUGGACGACAUUAUCGUCGACUACCCAAACACAUUUGCUCUGAUGUCGGAUCUUCAGGCUAUGGGUGAGGCAAAUGCUGCGCUGAGGCGAGAGCCGGGCGGCAUCAGCAAGGAUGUGCUGUUGGCUACGGAAGCCAUAUAUAGGGAGAUGUAUGGUGAAGAGCAAGAAGAUGGGACGCUCACGAUACCGGCCACAUUCAGGACGAUCUACAUGAUUGGGUGGAAGGAGGGUGCGAAUCAGCCUAAGCCCCUCGAGAGAGGAAGUGGCGACGUGAACCUGAAAGAUCUGUUUGAUGCAGCAGAAGGUCGGGACAAAUGA